AUGUCGGCGGGCGUGCGCAGACGCCAAGCAGCUGGCGUAAAAGCAGAAGCUCCCUCGGUCGCCGUAGUAGCCGCUCCAGCUCGCGGAGAUGAGGAGCUGGGUAUGGCGGCGGCUUCCAGGCUCUCCGCCUGCCUCAAGCUGCUGGCGGCUGCCUUCUACGGCUUCAGCUCUUUCCUCAUCGUGAUGGUGAACAAGAGCGUCCUCACCAGCUACGGAUUUCCUUCCUCGCUCUGUGUGGGACUAGGCCAGAUGCUGGCUACCGUAGUUGUCCUUUGGGUGGGAAAGGCACUCAGGGUGGUCAAGUUUCCAGAUUUUGAUAGACAUAUACCUCGAAAGACUUUUCCACUACCUCUUCUCUAUUUUGGGAACCAAAUCACAGGACUGUUCAGCACAAAGAAAUUGAAUCUGCCAAUGUUUACAGUCCUGAGACGUUUUUCCAUUUUGUUUACAAUGUUUGCAGAAGGAAUCUUACUCAAGAAAACAUUUUCUUGGGGAAUUAGGAUGACAGUAUUUGCAAUGAUAAUUGGUGCAUUUGUAGCUGCAAGUUCUGAUUUGGCAUUUGAUCUAGAAGGAUAUAUUUUUAUCUUGAUCAAUGAUGUCUUGACAGCUGCAAAUGGUGCUUAUGUAAAACAGAAGCUAGAUUCAAAGGAGCUGGGAAAAUAUGGUCUCCUUUAUUACAAUGCACUAUUCAUGAUUCUUCCUACUUUGGGCAUUGCCUAUGUUACAGGAGAUGCACAAAAGGCAAUGGAAUAUAAAGGUUGGGCAGAUACCCUUUUCCUUGCACAAUUUACACUCUCCUGUGUGAUGGGGUUUAUUCUGAUGUAUUCAACAGUACUUUGUACUCAGUAUAACUCUGCCCUUACAACUACAAUAGUUGGCUGUAUUAAGAAUAUAUUAAUAACUUACAUAGGAAUGUUCUUUGGAGGAGAUUAUAUUUUCACAUGGACAAAUUUUGUAGGAUUAAAUAUUAGUAUUGCUGGAAGCCUCGUAUAUUCCUACAUCACUUUUACAGAAGAACAAAUAAGUAAACAGUCUGAAGUUAGCAUCAAGAUGGACAUUAAAGGGAAAAGCUCUGUAUGACAAAAGGCAUGCUUACCACAGUUAACUUUCACUUUUUAGCAAGAUGUGUUGCCAAAUCACUGUAGUAUGCAGUCUCUGAAUGGAAUUGAUUGGCUACUUCGUAUUUGCACAAUCUGAAGAUUGCCACAUUUGGAAUCAAUGAUUUAUACUGGACUGCACAUAUGAUGAAUAGAUUGCAAGGAACUAUGUAUGUGGUGAAACGGGGUUAAUAAUCUCAAAUGCAGCAAAAGUGUUGCUGGUCAAGAUUGGGUACAGCAAGAAAAUGUAUCAUUGAAAUCAAGCAAGCCUAUUGUUCAGGCUGUCAUGGUUUGGGCUUGUUGAACCCUCCAGCUUUAACUGCAUUUUCCUUGAAGUCACACAAUCUGUAUGAAUGAAAUGUAGUUCUUACAUCUUGUUGCAUGAAGGUGUGUAUAAAGAAGUUACUCUGAGCUGCAGUUUGUGGGGAAGGUAGACGACCUACAUUCACAAUCAACUGAACUGUUAUCCAAGCAAAAGUGUGACUUGCCAAUGACACAUCUACUUUUUUUUCCUGAACCUAGUGAAGCACUUUUAAGUGUGUGUUACACAUUGUUUGGGUAUCUUGGUCAGAAUUGUUUUUAAACCUUUAGACUUAUCAGUACCUGUUAACAGAUAAAGAACAGAUAAAUGUUCUAAAGAGUAAGGUUUUAAAGGCAGUUUUCGUCUGAAGAAAUGAGAAAAGCAAACUACAGUGCUAAAAUGUGGGUGUUUUUUCUCCAGUAAAAGGUAUUCUUUUAUUUACUUAGUUUUUUCUAUGCAAUCAGUGUCCUUUUUU